AUGUACUCCGUAAUAGUGAACCUUGCUUGGGCAAUCGCAUGGGCCGGACGACCCGUACGAGCAGACGGUCUACUGGACCCUCCAGGACGACAGGGCCGACGCUUUUACGCCGAAAUUCUCAACGCGAUAGGCAUUUCUAAGAACAAGAUCGGCUUUGGCCUGUACACGGAUGUGGAUUCGUGCUCGGGCUCGGAGAAUUGCUGGAACACGGGCUACCGGACGUCACCAAUCCUGAGGCGCUGGCCCAACGUGCUCGACGCCGCCGGCAACGCCACCAUGGACGUCUACACCGUCGUCGAUGACCCGGCUAACGCGCCGCUCGCCAUUGUCGAUCUGAUCAUGGCGCCGCUGGCUUUGGCCGACGUGGCGAUCGUGGCCAGGGCUGCCGAGCUGAGGCGCGGCAUGUCGGCGAAAGACUUGGCCAAGAGCAAGGUGACCAAGGGAACAGGCAAGUGUACUGCUUAA